CCGGCCCGCGCGCUUCGGGAGCGCCAUGAGCCUGUGGGCGGACAAGCACCGGCCCGGCGCCCUCGGCCGCCUCGACUUCCACCGCGAGCAGGCGGCGCGGCUCCGCAACCUGGUUCAAUGUGGUGACUUUCCUCAUCUGUUGGUGUAUGGACCAUCAGGAGCUGGAAAAAAGACAAGAAUAAUGUGUUUGUUAAGGGAAUUAUAUGGUGCCGGAGUGGAGAAACUGAGGAUUGAGCAUCAGAGCAUAACGGCACCUUCUAAGAAGAAGAUUGAAAUUAGCACCAUUGCAAGUAAUUAUCACCUUGAAGUUAACCCAAGUGAUGCAGGAAACAAUGACCGUGUAGUAAUUCAGGAGCUCUUGAAGACAGUGGCACAGUCCCAGCAGCUUGAGACUAGUACUCAACGAGAUUUUAAAGUGGUGCUGUUAACAGAAGUUGACAAACUUACUAAAGAGGCUCAGCAUGCUUUGCGAAGAACAAUGGAGAAGUACAUGGCAACCUGCAGGUUGAUCCUGUGCUGCAACUCAAUGUCAAAAAUUAUAGGGCCUAUUCAAAGCAGAUGCCUGGCUGUACGAGUGCCUGCUCCCAGCAUUGAAGAUAUCUGCCAUGUCUUGUCUAGUGUGUGUAAGAAAGAAGGCCUGACUCUUCCUCAGGAGCUGGCUCAAAGGAUUGCAGAGAAAUCUGGCAGGAAUCUUCGGAAAGCACUCCUUAUGUGUGAGUCCUGCAGAGUACAACAGUAUCCUUUUACUGCUGAUCAAGACAUUCCUGAGAUGGACUGGGAAAUUUAUUUGAGAGAAACUGCAAAUGCUAUUGUUGGUCAACAGACACCACAGAGGCUUUUAGAAGUCCGUGGGCGGCUUUAUGAACUCCUGACACACUGCAUCCCUCCUGAGAUUAUAAUGAAGGGUCUUUUGACAGAACUUCUAAAUAAUUGUGAUGGACAACUGAAAGGAGAAGUGGCACAGAUGGCAGCCUUCUAUGAACAUCGCUUGCAACUGGGCAGCAAAGCCAUUUAUCAUCUGGAAGCAUUUGUUGCAAAGUUUAUGGCAAUUUACAAGAAGUUCAUGGAGGAUGGGCUGGAUGACAUAAUGUUCUAACUGAUGCCCAAAGUUGUACACAGAAUGUUGUGUCAAGAUACCAAUGGUGUUGCAAAUGUCUAGUUUUCUGUGCUUGAUUACAUAUGGGUCUACUUCUAAGUCAAAUAUUUUUGUUUGGCUAUUUAAUAAAACAAUGUUUGUUCAGCUUUAGAAACCAGAUGGAUUUUUUGACAGCCACAAAUCCAUCUUUAGAGCCAUACAAAAUACAUUGGCCUUUCAGAAAGACAACACAUUGCCUUUGAAGAUGUGCAAGAUCAGAGCUGCUUUGCAGUAUUUUUAAGCUGACAUUAAGAAGAGAGAACACAGGUGCUGUGUGCUUGGUUUUUGUUUGUUAAUCACAGAUGGGUGAGGCUGAAGGAAAAAGAUGUUUUUUCCGUGUUCUGCCAAGUUCCACCUUGAACAUACAUGUUCUGCCUUCUGAUCUAUACAUCUUAGUGUUUGUCUGGCUUCUUUUUUAUAGCCUGAGUGUUUUCUGUGGUGUGCUCACACCAAAUGUUUUCUUUUUUUUUUUUCAUUGUAAGCAGUCGCAUUGAAAUUGUGGAGGAGCAAUACUUUGGUGUUGCUUGUAAAUCACAUGUAACACGUUUAGAAGGAUUAUACCUUCAAAAAGCAUGUUUUUCAGCUUUCAACAAGUAUUUUUUACCUUUUAAACUGAUAUAUGACCUUUUUAAAAUGUGAAAAUAAAUUGUAG